UGGACAACCAUAGGGCAGUGCAGUCACAUGAGUAGGAAGGGACACGCUAUGUAGACUUGAUGGCCAAACCUAAACCUGUUUGGAUUCUGAACCCCAAAGAAUUGCAGCCUCUGUAUCGGUAUCCCUCUUCUCUCUCUCUCUCUCUCUCUCUCUGCCUUGGGCUCAGGGUUCAGAUAAAACAAAAUGUCAGACACAGAAGAAGUGGAGGAAGUGCAGGAGGAAGAAGAUGGAUCCAAGCCCAAACCAAAGUUUGUGCCAAACAUCUCUGUGCCAAAGAUGCCUGAUGGCGAGAAAGUGGAUUUUGAUGACAUCCACAGGAAGCGUCAGGAGAAGGACCUGUCUGAGCUCCAGUCUUUGAUCGAGUCUCACUUCAUCCAGAGGAAGAAGGAAGAAGAGGAGCUCAUCACUCUCGUCAACAGGAUUGAGAAACGUCGUGCGGAGAGGGCAGAGCAGCAGAGGGAUCGUGCAGAGCGCGAGAAAGAGAGGCAGGCCAGGGUUGCGGAGGAGAAGGAAAGGAAGGAGGCAGAGGACCAGCGUAGGAAGCAUGAUGAUGACGCCAAGAAGAAGAAGGCUCUCACCAACAUGACCCACCAGUAUGGAGGUAUCCAGCAGAAGAGCGAAAACCGCAAAGGAGCCAAGAAACAGACAGAGAGGGAGAAGAAGAAGAAGAUUCUUGCUGACCGAAGGAAACCUCUCAACAUCGACCAUCUGAAUGAGGACAAACUCAAGGAGAAGGCCAGUGAGAUGUGGCAGUGGAUGAUGGAGUUGGAGGCAGAGAAGUUUGACCUCAGUGAGAAACUCAAGAAACAGAAGUAUGAUAUUAACCAGCUUCUCACUCGGGUCCAGGACCACCAGAGCGCCAAAGGUCGCGGCAAGAAGAUGGGCCGGGUGAGGUAAAGGAGCUGCCGCCAUGGUCAAGGGCAGACAGCCGUGACUGGAGAUCCAUCCACGAUAAUAAUGUGUCUGUAUACGUGUUCAUCAUUAUGGCAUAACGUCAGAAUGGAUCACAUGUACCAAGUCAAUAAAUGAGUCACUCAA